UCCCUCGUAUGCCACAGUUCACCGGCAUCUGCUUGCUGAUCAGCUUCCAUGUGCUGACAGAUAAUGAGACGCUUUGCGUGUUUCACGGUGUUUGUGUGAAGCGAAUCAGCGGGCACCCGCGUGCUCUCGGCCCCCUUAACGGAGCACCGGCUCGCGCGGAGGUGACGCGGGGAAACGCGUUUCCGCGUCGGGCCGUAAUCGACACAUAGGAAUACAAACGGAAAAAUGACACUUGAGUGAUAUACAUGAGAGACAUUAUUUGUGCACAGCGAUGACUGCGUGGAGCGUAGGUGACAGUUACGGUUUAUGAUAGUAUAACCGUUUCAUGUGCACAAAACGCUGAACGGAUGACUCCUGGCCUGGGGGCCGCCCAGGACGUACCUGACUCCGUGGGGGGGUGGUACGCCUGAGGGCAGCGACUCAGCUCGGCACCCUCUCCCCACCUCGGCGCCAUGACCCGGCUCUCCUCCUGAGCCUCGCUCCCCCGCGCCUCCUUGCCGCCCGGCCGCCAUGGGAUCCUCGUACCUGUGGAAGCUGUCCUCUCAGAAGCUGGGCUUCCUCCUGGUCAGCUUCGGCUUCAUCUGGGGCAUGAUGCUGCUGCACUUCACCAUCCAGCAGCGCUCGCAGCACGAGAGCAGUGCCGCCCUGCGGCAGCAGAUCCUGGAGCUCAGCAAACGCUACGUCAAGGCGCUGGCCGAGGAGAACCACGGGGCCAUGGACGGGCCUUAUGUGGGCACCAUGACUGCCUACGACCUCAAGAAGACGCUGGCCGUGCUGCUGGACAACAUCCUGCUACGACUCGGCCGGCUGGAAUCCAAGGUGGAUAACAUGCUGUACAACAGCACAGGCAGCAACCUGACCAAUGGCACGGUGCCUAGCCAGGCGGCACCCAGCACUAGCAACACGGAGAGGGUCAGCGUGGCCGAGCUUCUGAACGGCGCCCAGGAGAAAUGUGAGCUGCCCUCUCAGGAGGGGUUCCCGCAUUGUGAGGGCAAGUUGAAGUGGAUGAAGGACAUGUGGCGGUCAGACCCCUGCUACGGGAGGUAUGGUGUUGACGGCUCCACCUGCUCCUUCUUCAUCUACCUGAGUGAGGUGGAGAACUGGUGCCCCCGGCUACCCUGGAGGCUGAAGCACCUCAAUUUGGAGGAGGAUAAGAAGGGCCAGACGGAGGUCCGCACCAACUUCGCGGAGCUGUACCAGGUCAUGUCUCGGCGAGAGGAGUUCCGCUGGAUGAUGCUGCGGAUCCAGCGCAUGGCUGAGCCCUGGGUCAGCGCCAUCCGCUCACUGGCCAGGAAGCAGAACCUGGCCAAGCGCAAGAGGAAGAAGAUUCUGGUGCACCUGGGCCUACUGACCAAGGAGUCUGGAUUCAAGAUUGCCGAGAACGCCUUCAGUGGGGGUCCCCUGGGGGAGUUGGUGCAGUGGAGUGACCUCAUUACCGCCCUCUACCUGCUGGGGCACGAUAUCCGCAUCUCCGCCUCACUGGCGGAGCUCAAAGAGAUCAUGAGGAGAGUGAUGGGCAACAAGUCCAGCUGCCCCACCCAAGGCGCCAGAGUGGUGGAGCUCAUCUACAUCGACAUCGUGGGCCUGACGCAGUUCAAGAAGACGCUGGGGCCGUCCUGGGUGCACUAUCAAUGCAUGCUGCGAGUCUUGGAUUCCUUCGGCACUGAACCCGAGUUCAACCACGCCCACUACGCCCAGUCCAAGGGUCACAAGACGCCCUGGGGCAAGUGGAACCUCAACCCUCAACAGUUCAAUACCAUGUUCCCUCACACCCCGGAUAACAGCUUCCUGGGUUUCGUGGUGGAGCAGCACCUGAAUGCCAGCGACAUCCGACACAUCGACGACAUCAAGAGGCAGAACCAGUCCCUGGUGUACGGGAAGGUGGACAGCUUCUGGAAGGACAAGCGGCGAUACCUGGAGAUCAUCCACAGCUACACGGAGGUGCACGGCACGGUGCACGGCACCAGCACACUCCACCUGCCCGCCUACGUGAAGAACCACGGUAUCCUGAGUGGCCGAGACCUGCAGCUGCUGCUCCGGCAGACCAAGCUCUUCGUGGGCCUGUCCUUCCCCUACGAGGGCCCCGCUCCCCUGGAGGCCAUCGCCAAUGGCUGCGCCUUCCUCAACCCGAGGUUCAGCCCUCCCAAGAGCAGCAAGAACACCGAGUUCUUCAAAGGGAAGCCCACGCUACGAGAGCUCACCUCCCAGCACCCCUACGCAGAAGUAUACAUCGGUCGGCCCCAUGUGUGGACAGUCAACAUCGACGACCCCGUAGAGGUGGAACAGGCCAUACGGUCCAUCCUGAGCCAGAAGAUUGAGCCCUACCUGCCAUAUGAAUUCACAUGUGAGGGGAUGCUGCAGAGGGUCAACGCUUUCAUUGAGAACCAGGACUUCUGCCACGGCCAGGUGAUGUGGCCCCCCCUGAGUGCACUGCAGGUGAGGCUCGCACAGCCGGGGAAGUCCUGCAAGCAGGUGUGCCAGGAGGAGCAGCUGAUCUGCGAGCCGUCAUUCUUCCAGCAUCUCAACAAGGACCAGGCCUUGGCCAGGUUUGGAGUGGACUGCCAGACUGCCGAGUCGUCCAGCGACACGCUAGUGCCAGCCUACAGCGAGGCGCGCAGGCAUUGCAUCUUCCAGGCCGACCUGCUGCUCUUCAGCUGCGCCGGAGCGCACCCCUCACUCAAGCGCAUCUGCCCCUGCCGGGACUAUAGGAAGGGCCAGGUGGCGUUGUGCCAUGACUGCCUAUAACACCUGGAGUGCCCCCCCCCUGCUCCCCCAGCCUCACCGUCCGGGAGGACUGCACCGGGCCAAAACUCACAGACACGUCGGUGGUGCAAGAGCCAGAGCAUGGUGUCACCAUUUGACACAUCAAACUGGAAUUACCAUGUUUCACACCAGUCACUGGUGGGGAGGGGGGGGGGGGAAGAGCACAGUCCUCUGGUGGGAUGUUUCUGGCACCUGAAGUGGCACUGGUGAAGCAGGCAGGACUGGUGAAGCAGGCAGGACUGGUGAAGCAGGCAGGACUGGUGAAGCAGGCAGGACUGGAGCUUAUGGCAGCCUGAGGUUCUCAGUCACCACCACCCCCCCGUCCCGGGACUGUGCUGAAUGUCACCUUUUCUGCCUCAAAGCUCAUCAUCACAGCACUGAACCAGUGAUGCCAUCAACAAUAAAUGUGGGCUGGGUCUCCGGACCUUAAGCUGGAGGGUUGAGUCCAUAGACCUUUAUAAAUAUGCAGAACUGUCUUACCAUGUCAGGCAUCACCAGGAAACCAGGACACACAAGGUUAAGUUGAUGCACGUUAGUGGGACCAACUUCAGUAAUGCUGGGGACAUUCUGCUUGGAGCCAGCAGCUGUACACAGCGGAUAUAGUGUACAGAUUUUAGAUACGGGGUUAAUUUUAUUUUUAAAUAUUGUUGUAGUUACCUUUUUUCAUAGAGCCUAACUGUUGUCUUUUCUAAUCCAACUCCUUUUGGGGGUGGGGGGUGCAAAAUAUUAUUACAAGUGAUCUGCUGAUUGGUCGCUCGACUUGACAGGCUUUGGCAUUACCACAUAUGCCCAAUUUUCUUUCUAAAGGCAGUAAAAAUGUGAGCAUGUAACUGUCUUUCUUAUCUGAAAGUAUGCUGUCUGACAGGGGCUUGAAGUUUAAAUUAAGUAUUUUUUUAACUUUUCGGUGUGACGCAUCUUCACAUGUCUGAUCGAGUCCACAAAUCCAACUGUGGGCUCUCUGUGUGGGCUGACAGGUUCUGGGGAUCCAACAGUCAGACUGGUCAGGGUGCGGUCAGCGAAUGGUUAGGAAGUAGCUAGAAAGUGGCCAGGGAGCAGUCAGUGAGUGGAUAUAGAAAAGUCAGAAAGUGGUCAGGGUGCGGUCAGGGAGUAGCUAGAAAGUGGCCAGGGAGCAGUCAGUGAGUGGAUAUAGAAAAGUCAGGAAGUGGUCAGGAUGCGGUCAGUGAACGGUCAGUGAGCAGCAAGAAAGUGGCCAGGGAACACUGAAUGAGUGGUCAUAGAACGGUCAGGAUGUGGUCAGGGAGUGGUCAGUUAAUGGUCAGGGAGCAGCAAGAAAUCAGUCAGAGUUGACCUGCUGUUACAGGCCAGACAGCAGUAGCCAAGUUAUGAUCACGCUCACAGUGUGGUUGCUACAGACCUCAGUCACUGAUUAUAUUUGAUAGGAUUUAACCCCUUAAACAGGAAAUAAAUAGGAAGAGGGCCAGCAAGCAGUUUAGGAGGCAGCCUGACUGGGAUAAUGACACCAGCGUAACAGGUGGUAUCUCACUCGGUUACUCUCCAGGGGGACUGUCCUGUCUGUGCAGUUUGAUCCACUGAUACAUUUAUUUAUUUUGGGCUGGGUAAUUAAAGUCUUAAAGGGAUUUUUAUUCUGCCUGCUGAUUCUGUGGAAAGUCCUUAUAAGAAAACACUGCACUUUGUCAGACGAAUCAGUACACAAGACAUGUGCAUUGUUCAUAUGGGGUUUAAAGGUCUGUUUUUUUAAUUUAUUUUAUAUACAGAUCUGUAUCACUGUUGAAAAUGUUUUGCUUGUUUUUAUUUAUAAAGACGAGGGAGAUUUCCUUUAAGAAAGAAAAAGAUUUAAUUUAAGUUUGUUAAAGUGUGUGCGUUUGUAAAAAGGACAGUGGAAGUUGUCUGACCAGAAACUUGUUAUUUUUGUUACCAAAUGACUGUGUUUGAGUUUGGGGCAGCGAUGGGGGUUUUUGCAGGCUCGGAUCUCUCGACUUUAAAUACAGAUUGUCGUCCUCUUA